ACAAGGAGGUGUGAACUACUUGCGACUUUAUCUCCCUGCCGCCGACGCGCAACCGCGACCACCGCAAACUUUGCCUUCUUCUUCUUCUUGUUUUUUCCCUUUCUUCUUCUUCUUCCUCGUUGGCGUUUGGAAGUACGCGGAAUCCUUCCACCCAGAGGAUGACGAGAAACCUGCUGUGACAACCUAAGACUCUCCGACCUUCAACAACCCUUCGACUCUACGAGCCUUCCGACAGACUUCCUUUGACCGAAGACUGAAGUGGCGUAACCAGGCCGGUGGAAAAGAGUCAUAACGUACAAGAGAAGCAUUGAGCUAAAGUGGAUUUUAGCUCCACUGGGAAAAAAAUGAACUAGCAUUUCAAGACGAUCCGAACCAGUCAGGCAACACAAUUGACCGUCUCUACAGUAGACUCUUGUUGAAGAGUCCGAGGCAGUUCGUCUGAGGAGGAAUCAGUUCCUCCUCUUCUCCAAAUCUUCUCGACCAUUCUUUUCCACUCAGACAUGGAUCUCCACAGAGCAGCCUUCAAGAUGGAGAGCUCUUCCUACUUGCCCAACCCCCUGGCCUCGCCGGCCCUCAUGGUCCUGGCCUCCACAGCUGAAGCUUCCCGCGAUGCUUCCAUUCCCUGCCAGCAACCACGGCCGUUUGGCGUCCCAGUUUCUGUGGAGAAAGACGUCCACUUGCCAUUCAACAAUGGUUCAUACACCUUUGCGUCCAUGUACCACCGCCAAGGUGCGGUCCCACCCGGUUUCCCCAACAGGGACUUUCCUCCGUCCCUCCUUCAUCUACAUCAUCAGUUCGCGCCACCUAACCUGGACUGCUCGCCGAUCAGCAUGCUCAACCACAGCGGCGUCGGGGCUUUCAGACCCUUCGCUUCGCCUCCCGAGGACCGAGAUGGGGCGCCGGGCGGGUACCAGUCGGCUUUCACCCCGGCUAAGCGCCUGAAAGGGUGCCUGGACGCAGAAGCUUCACCCCACCUACGGUACACCGAUGCUGACGGCAAAGAGUAUGACUUUGGCGGUGCCCAGAUCCCGCCUGGGGGCUCGCCCAGCAGCGCCUUGAAGGCCGUAGAGGACAGCGGGAAGAAGAUCUUCGCUGUAUCCGGCCUCCUUUCAGACCGAGAGACCUCCUCUAGCCCUGAGGACCGCAUCGAACGCUCAUCCCUAGAUGCUGAUCAUAGUCAUGAUAGGCUGUUUGCAAGCUGGCUACCCUGCAGGAAGCUCCACGGGCCCGCGGUCCCAGACGCCCACUACCUGAAGUCGUCACAUACAGUAGGCCUUUGGAAUCUGACAAGCAAAAAGAAGAUGUCGCUGUACGACAGCCAGGCUCCCAUUUGUCCCAUCUGCCAGGUGCUGCUCAGGCCCGGGGAGCUCCAGGAGCACAUGGAGACAGAGAUCGAGCGACUAGCCAGCAUGUGCCUCAGCAGUAAGAACCCUUCUUCCAAGGAUGGAACCAUCACUCCGGGAACUCCAAAGUCCAUGCUGCUGUCGGUGCACAUCAAGCGGGAGGGAGAGUCUCCUGUGGUCUCACCACUCUCGUCUGACGACGCGCACCACUCCGACAGAUACCAGACAUUUUUACGGGUUCGAGCUAACAGGCAAACACGACUGAAUGCCCGCAUAGGCAAGAUGAAGAGGAGGAAGCCGGAGGACGGGGGCCAGGUAUGUCCGCUGUGCAGUGCCCCCUUGGCUGGGAGCGAGGAGGAGAUGAGUAGACAUGUGGAGCAAUGCCUCAUCCAGCGGGAGGGUGUGCUCGGCGAGGACGACUCGGUGGAUAUGGACGGCGACAGUGGGCGUGGCUUCGAGGAGUACGAGUGGGCGGGACAGAAGAGGAUUCGAGCCACGGCUCUCCUAGAGGGAGGCUUCCGAGCGACGGGUUUUGCGACGUGCAGUAUAAAGGAGAGCGGGGGAGACAGUGACGCUGACCUGGACGUUGACGGAGACGACACGUUGGAGUAUGGCAAAGCCCAGUACACCGAGGCUGACAUCAUCCCCUGUUCGGGAGCUGGGGAGGACCAAGGAGAAGCCAGAGAGCGAGAGGCUCUGCGGGGGGCUGUGCUAAACGGAGGCAUGCCCUCAAACAGAAUAACGCCGGAGUUCUCCAAAUGGACCAGCGACGAGAUGCCUUCGACGAGCAAUGGCGAGAGCAGCAAGACGGACCCCAGCACUCCCUCGUCCUCCACGUCUUCCUCCUCCUGCGUCCCUCGCACCUGUAAAAACAGCGAGAUCGAAAAAGUAACAGAAGAGGAUUCCACAGCGACCACCAUGGAGGCUCUGAAGGCUCGAAUCCGAGAGCUGGAGAAGCAGAUACUGAGAGGCGACCGAUACAAAUGUCUCAUCUGCAUGAAGAAGCCUGCUGUCCAGUCAGGUGUGGAAAUCAAGAAACUAGGGGCGUGGCCAGGUCCUCGGCCCUUGGCCAACGAGGUCGGAGAGAGGCUGCCUAAGUCCCUCCCCCUCGGCCUGUACUACCUGUACAGGGGCCUUGUGAUUGGCGGCUACAGCAGCGGCUUAAAGAGGCUCCUCCCACAGCCUCUACGGAGGGACUCCUACACGAUGCCACUCACGUCCAUACAGUGUUGGCAUGUCCACUGUGAAGAAUGCUGGCUCCGGACGCUGGGGAACAAGAAGCUGUGCCCACAGUGCAACACCAUCACCUCGCCGGGGGAUCUGCGACGUGUCUACUUGUAAAGAGCACACCCCCACCAAUCCAGCCACCGCCGUGGACCUCCCGUUUCAACCCCGCCCCUACUUCCGGUCGUCAUUUGGCUUCCCCCUCCACCAAGUCGUGAGCUUCAGACCGCCCCUAAAGAGACUACAGCUCGGGUGGGGGGGAGGGGCGUCUCAAAGUGGAACCAAACGUGGACGGACUCCUUCAAACACUGGAUGUCAAAUACUGAUGGACCUUUUAGCAUCACUGGAGCUGGACCUUCUGGAACUUGCCGACCGCCCGACCUCCCCACCCUGCACUCCGGUUCUGCUUCCACAUCAUGACUGGACUUUGGCUGUCUGCCCCUAUGUUACGCACAGAUCAUUCUAGAAGACACUGCAAAAUGAGCUUCCACCUCAACUAAGAAGACUCCCAGUCAUAGAGCGAACCAUGUUAUUAAAUAAAAAAACAACUCCCCCUGUUAAGAUGCAGUCCAAGCACAUGUAAGUAAAGUCAGUGUAUGUUUACAAAGUUCCCACGUCAAUGCGUACACGCCGUUUUGUACAAUAUCAACGUCAUGUUCUAGUCCUCAGUUUGCAGAGAAAAUGGCUACAAUGAAUAAGGCCUGCUUUAUUUUCAGAACCAGCAUCAUUGGCUGACGUUUCACUGUACAGAAAAAAAACAAUCCUAGUAAAAAAAACUGAAGGCUGGAUGGUCAAGAUUUAGGUGUCAUUUUCUGCAGAGUACUUUGUCGAAUUGUAGAUCUAAAAGAGGGGGAAAAAAGCAAGUGACGAUCUUUUAUUUGUUCUAAUGCGUAGAAUAACUUCUUGAUGCACAAAACGACACCAAGUGGAGCGGCAUUUUACUCCAGCUACUUUCACUUUCGCUCCCACACGACUCCUGAGUUUCCACCGCAGCGAUACUCGACCAACUCUUCUUACCCCCCUCCGUUAUCCUCCGACUGCUUUGCUGCAGAGGUCAAAAGAAAGACCCUAGCUCAGCAAGGGAAGUCCGGGUCGAACCGGCGACCCCUUUUGCGGCUUAACUCCGCCCCCCCUUCCCCUUCUCCGGCCGCGGGGUGGCGGUGUGCUUUGUGUUUGUAAAACUAUGUAUUCUGUGACGUCUGUAUUGUUGUCAAAAAAAAAAAUGCUGAGAUCAAGAAAAUAAAACCUUCUCAAAUAUCACAAAACCCGAGUCAUCAAAUAUAAGAUGUGUACUGUUGGAAAAAAAGGGGGAAUACGACGUUGCUUCCGACAACAAAUGCAUGAGCUCACCUCCACUUAACUGUUUUUUUUUUUUUGUCUUGUUUAAGUCCUUUUAUCUCCUGUAGCAACACGUCUCAGUCCACUAGAAAGGUCCGCCACAGAGUGAACGGGACGUAAUCUGGGUUUACACAUGCAUUGGAACUCGCCCCAAAGAUGACAAAUUGCACAAGAUAAAUUAUGUCACAGUUAUUUUGUGUCUUGUAUAUUCUUGGAAAUGGUACGUGUCUGACCCGUUUGUAAACUACAUUUGACAUGAAUUAAAAUGGAUUGUA